AUGGAGGCUCAGAUUGCCCAUGGAGAACACAGCCAUCCACCACAGCAAGUGUGGAACAGACACAAAUGGAUUCCAGUCUUCCGCUACCUCAUUCAGGCUCACAGCGGCCCAACGGUGGCCCUGAGGAUGAAAGACCUUCUAAACAGCCAUCCACCACAGCAAGUGUGGAACAGACACAAAUGGAUUCCAGUCUUCCGCUACCUCAUUCAGGCUCACAGCGGCCCAACGGUGGCCCUGAGGAUGAAAGACCUUCUAAACAGCCAUCCACCACAGCAAGUGUGGAACAGACACAAAUGGAUUCCAGUCUUCCGCUACCUCAUUCAGGCUCACAGCGGCCCAACGGUGGCCCUGAGGAUGAAAGACCUUCUAAACAGCCAUCCACCACAGCAAGUGUGGAACAGACACAAUUGGAUUCCAGUCUUCCGCUACCUCAUUCAGGCUCACAGCGGCCCAACGGUGGCCCUGAGGAUGAAAGACCUUCUAAACAGCCAUCCACCACAGCAAGUGUGGAACAGACACAAAUGGAUUCCAGUCUUCCGCUACCUCAUUCAGGCUCACAGCGGCCCAACGGUGGCCCUGAGGAUGAAAGACCUUCUAAACAGCCAUCCACCACAGCAAGUGUGGAACAGACACAAAUGGAUUCCAGUCUUCCGCUACCUCAUUCAGGCUCACAGCGGCCCAACGGUGGCCCUGAGGAUGAAAGACCUUCUAAACAGCCAUCCACCACAGCAAGUGUGGAACAGACACAAAUGGAUUCCAGUCUUCCGCUACCUCAUUCAGGCUCACAGCGGCCCAACGGUGGCCCUGAGGAUGAAAGACCUUCUAAACAGCCAUCCACCACAGCAAGUGUGGAACAGACACAAAUGGAUUCCAGUCUUCCGCUACCUCAUUCAGGCUCACAGCGGCCCAACGGUGGCCCUGAGGAUGAAAGACCUUCUAAACAGGUAAUUUAUUAUGAUACAG